AUGAAUCCAAAAUGCUUUCAAUGUGAGAAAACUGAAUCAAUAUUAUGGAGGAAAAAUUCUGAGAACGCGGAAAUUUGUAAUGACUGCUACGAAAGUGAAAAAUCUGAUCAAAUUUUAGAAAAACCAACUCCAUCAACUGAGACAGUGGACAAGGAACCGCCAAAAGACCUUAAUGUUAAGGAAACUAAUGUUGUGGAAGCAAAAGUAAGAAAGAGCACUAGAUCCACGAGAUUUAAGAAUAAAUCCAACGCAAGGCAAAAGUCAAAAGUAACAUCACGACGUUCCAACACUUUUAAAAGCAGCCGUCCAAUUAAAACACCAGCAAAUAUUUGUGCAGAAACCAAAACUAAGACUCAUGUGUUUCAUGAUGGUUUCUAUUAUCAAGUUGGAGAUAUUGUCUCAUUAAUGAGCAAAGGAAAGAAAUAUUACGCUCAGAUUCGUUCGCUCAUCGUUGAUACAUUUUGUGAAAAAUCUGCAGUACUUACAUGGCUUGUUCCGACAACUUCGUCUCCAGAUCCAAACGAAGAGUUUGACCCAUCGACUUAUCUUGUUGGAUAUGAAGAAGACAUACCACGAAGAAUUGCAAAUACCAUGGAAUUCAUAAUGAACGCUCCCAGUACAUAUUUUUAUAAUCGCACUGAACCUUACUCCAAACCAGAAGAGCUCGCUGAUGGACUUUACUCGGAUAAAAAAGGAUUCGUGUGGACAAGCAUUAAUUAA